AUGGAACCAGAUACUUUGCCCUGUCCUACCGCUAGUGCGGCGCUUUCUUUCGAUUACAGGGGUAGACGCCAUAUACCGAUCCCCCCAUAUCGGGCGCGUUUUAUCAACAAUCUGUCCGAGCUAUACCUAGCGCACGUUCAGUGCAUUGAUAAGCUCUCUUUCCUAAACCAAAAUUUCGACAGAAACCGGCAUCAUCAAAUCUGGACCGGAACAGUGCAGACUAUUAUCCAACACUGUCCAACCAUCACUGAACUGGAGCUGGAUCUCAACGAAUGGGUCCGUCCGGAUUACUUACAGUAUAUACAAAGGCGUCGAGCGUCAUUGGCUUCCUUGCUCGGGGUUAUUCCUGACAGCCUAAGAGUGUUACAUUAUAACGGCUCGGAGGAUGGCCCGUGGAAACAUAGUUUACCUGGACUAAAUGUCAUCCCUUCGGGGAUUGAUAGCCUGGCCAUCAAUUUGCGAAAUCUCAGCGUUCACCUUCGGGAAUUGAAGUUGGCGAGAACCACUCUUCCAUUUGACUUUUUGUGUCCUUUGGAUGGAAAAGGCCAACCUAUUAUAGGCUCCUUGCACUGGCCCUAUUUGAAAACAUUGGAAAUUCAGGAUGUACCCCCCUGGCUUCCUUGUGGACAAUGGACGUCCAAUCACACCGUGGAGUACCGAGCCAAAAUCGAGAAUGACAACUGGAAUGACAGGAUACACGAUGCCGAACGGAGAUGGAACGGAACAUCCGUGAUGAAUGAUGAGCAAUUCCAUCGGCUUCUCAUAUCGCUGGGCUAUGCAACCCAACGUAUGCCCUGUUUGAAACGUAUGACGUUUCGUAUGGAGUGCUAUUGCCGGUUUUCCCUUCAUCUUCACAACCACUCCAACGCCAGUACGUUGGAAUGGCAAUCUCGUGCCGGAUAUCAACCAGAUAGUCGGGUUGCAAAGGCAUGGAAAUUCGACUUGGAUGAUCUGAGGAUUGACUCUUCGCCUUUGGUGGUGGAGAUCGAACUUGUCUGGACUGUCAACUACCCAGCCUUCUUCAGUCGGAUAUCAUUCGCUGUGACUCGUGUGUCCUGCCCACAAGGAUUCAACUCGAUUCUAAACAUCUUAUGGUAA